AUGACCAAAGCCUUAACCUUCUUCUCCACACUCACGGUCCUCUUCUUCCUCUUCUCGUCCUAUGUAACAGCCAAACAACCACGCUUCUAUCGAAGCAUUUCUCCGACAUCUCUGGCCCUCCGCAAAGAGAAGCUCAGCCACCUCCACUUCUACUUCCACGACAUUGUCAGCGGCCCAAAGCCCACCGCCAUAAGGGUGGCCGAGGCCCAAGUGACAAAACAUUCCCCCACCCUCUUCGGAGCCGUGGUCAUGAUCGACGACCCCUUGACAGCGGGGCCCGAGCCCAGCUCGAAGCUCGUGGGAAAAGCCCAGGGAAUCUACGCCUCUGCUUCGCAGAACGACAUGGGGUUGCUGAUGGUGAUGAACUUGGAUUUCUCUGAAGGCAAAUACAAUGGCAGCACGCUAAGCUUGCUUGGUCGGAACAGCCAUUUGAUCUUAAUUUGAUGCAAUUUUGUAACGAAGGAUUUCGAUGAAAACGUAUAUAGGUAGCAAUAUAGGUAGGCUCAUUUCGAUGUUUGUCUCCACCAUCUUCUCGCACUCAUUUUCUCUUUUUCUUUUUUUUCUGUGUAAUGUAGUCAGAAACCAUGCCAUGUGAUGUUCUUAAGUUCCUCCUAGCUAGCUUAGAAGAUAUACAAUA